UUUGCACGGUAAAAGCUGCUAACAGAUUUUCCUCUAUCCCGCGUUCCUAUCUCUCUCUAUCUGUGAAGGGCUUCUCAUCGGCAAUGGCGGCUUCUAUAUCACGAUCUUCCAUAGCUACAUAUUCACAGUAUAUUUGCAGUAGAUCAUCGCCGUCUGACCGCAGGGCUAACUUAACCAUUGAUUCUCACUGUUGCUGGAAGCGUCUUUGCUGUUCUUCUCGAUGUCAAUCUGUUUUUCAUGGUGGAAGUGACAAGAAUUCCCGGGGCGUUGAAACGCAGAGCGCCAUGGAGGAUUCUCAUUUCGAAGUUGUAAUCAAAGAUCCAAGCACGCUACCGAGGCCUCUAUCAUCGACCAAGUCCUCUGUCUCCACUGGAUCUCGCCUUCGUGUUGCUUACCAGGGGGUUUCUGGUGCAUACAGCGAGUCGGCCGCGGAAAAGGCAUAUCCGAAUUGCGAGGCUGUUCCCUGCGAACAAUUUGAUGCUGCUUUUGAAGCUGUUGAGCGAUGGAUUGUCGACAGAGCCGUCUUACCAAUAGAGAACUCUUUAGGUGGAAGCAUCCACAGAAACUAUGAUCUUCUGCUUCGACAUAGGUUGCAUAUAGUUGGUGAGGUAAAAUUUGCAGUUCGUCAUUGUUUACUGGCCAAUCAUGGUGUUAAAAUCGAGGAAUUGAAAAGGGUGCUCAGUCAUCCACAGGCUCUUGCUCAGUGUGAAAACACAUUGACAGGGCUGGGAUUGGUGAGAGAAGCAGUGGACGAUACUGCUGGUGCUGCAAAGCAUGUUGCUUUUCACAAUCUGAAAGAUGCAGGAGCUGUUGCUAGCUCAUUGGCCGCAUCAAUAUAUGGUUUGAAUAUACUUGCUGAAGAUAUUCAGGAUGACUCUGACAAUGUAACUCGAUUUCUGAUGCUAGCAAGGGAGCCCAUAAUUCCAGGCACUGAUAGGCCAUUCAAGACAAGUAUAGUUUUCUCAUUAGAGGAAGGUCCGGGAAUUCUGUUCAAGGCACUUGCGGUUUUUGCUCUUCGCCAAAUCAACCUUACAAAGAUUGAAAGUCGACCUUUGCGAAACCAGCCACUACGAGCAUCUGAUGAUAAUGGAUCUUCAAAAUAUUUCGACUACCUUUUCUAUGUGGAUUUUGAAGCAUCAAUGGCCGAUCAAAACGCACAAAACGCUCUCAGGCAUUUAAAGGAGUUCGCUACGUUUUUGAGAGUGCUAGGAAGCUAUCCAAUGGACAAUAGUAUGCCAUGAAAAGCUGCAGCAUCCAAAAGACUCGCAUUAACCGAGUGUAGGCCGACUUCCUCAGUUCUCAACUUCCAAGAGGGAUCGUCGGCUGGCUUUAAGGUUAAGCUUGUGUCUCUGUGGAUGUGUCGCUCUUCAUACGAAAAUUCUGCUCGGUAUACCAUAAAAAUCAGUAGAUAUUGAGUUUAGUUCCUUCUCAGAUAUAGUAUAUUUUUGCAAAUUAAUUAUUCAUUUACACUACUAUUGUCUCGAGUUGCUUAGUUCCAACUUUGUUAAUGUGUUCAACACAAAUAUGUUGCAGCAAUUUUUGUUUGUUUGAUUUCUAUUGAACCAUGUAAUUCCCGUGUUUUAGUAGAAAGAGAUCGGAUUAGAUCUCGCGUUCGA